CCAGAGUGCCUGCAGAUGCAUUUCUCUCUAGCCCACUACCCCUCCCUCUCCUCCUCUCUUUCGCCCUGUCUAACUCUCUCCAUCUUUCUUUCCCUUUCCUCUCCUCCCUUGCGCACUCUCUCAAACACAGUCUAACAUUAACAAAGCAAGAGAGCAGAGAAAAGAAGAGAGGGAUGAACAGAAAGUGAUAGAGCCACUGGGCAAGUGUGGACCACUUUUACGAUUCAUUCAUCCACCUGGGUUGUAGACGUCUGGAUGAUAGAAGGAGAGGGUCAGUGUCUUCUCACAGGUGAUAUUUGAUGUAUGAGAAUCUGACCAUGCUUAAUCUACAAAACAGCUCCAACUGGACUGGCCCAAACAACUGGUAUCAUCCACCUGACACCAUCACCCCACAACAUGGAACAGAUCUGAACGUGCAGAUGGCCAGGGCAGGGGAAGGAGUGGUGCAGGGAGAGAGGGAUGAGGUGGAUGAGUCUCAGCUACACCUGCAGCUGAAGAGGAAACUGCAAAGGAACCGCACCAGCUUCACCCAGGAGCAGAUAGAUGCCCUGGAGAAAGAGUUUGAAAGGACACAUUACCCAGAUGUCUUUGCUAGAGAGAGACUUGCAGCAAAGAUUGACCUUCCAGAGGCUAGAAUUCAGGUAUGGUUCUCCAAUCGGAGAGCUAAGUGGAGGAGGGAGGAAAAGCUGAGGAACCAGAAGAGAUCAGGGGCCACGAGCUCCUGUCCUCAGACACACACUCCCCUGAGUACAUCCUUUAACUCCCCUGUAUAUCAUCAUAGCAACAGCUCAGGCUCAAUGCACAGUCGGAGUGAUUCCUCUCUCUCAGGCUAUGGCUCUCUGUCUGUCUUCUCCAGUAUGCAGUCUUUGCCCUCUCAGUCUACUCCAACUUACUCCUGCAUGUUGCCUCCUUCUCCCUCUGCCCUGCCCCCUCUUUCUCGUAAAUUUGACUCAUCCUACACCUCUCCCCAUCUCCCGCCACCUCCCACAGCCAGCGCAAACACAGGAUUCUUUCCUGGUGUGUCUGCAGCGGGGCAGACUGCAGUCCAGGGCAGCGAUCAGGAGUUGGGGCAAGGUCUGAGUCAGUACUGGACGAGACUGCAGUAAACAGUACAUCUUAUAAUUAUCAGAAAACCAGCAGAGCUUCUAACAGCACAAUUCAACCAUCAAUCAGCAACUGGCCAACACACCAAACAACCAUAUUUUAUUUAGACAAUUUACACAUCACGGAAGUAGUCUAUGUAAGCCAUAAUCCUGUAUAUAAAAAAAGACAGCUGUGGACCUCACAAACCUGCACAAAAGGAAGAGAAAAUGACAGAAGACCAUUAGAAUUUUUAAAGAAUAUUAUAUUAUAUAUUAUAUUAUAAUAUAAUAUAUUAUAUUAUAUUAUAAUAUUAUAAAGAACACUUUAUAAUAACUACACGUUAUAAAGUAUUUGUAAAGCAUUAGUUUAUAGUCAGUUGAUCAUUUAUAAACUAUUGUUCCAACAUUAAUAAGCUACAUACAAAUAGUUUGUUAUUUGUUUAUAUUCACUGCAGCAAACGAUUUAUUAUUGUUUAAAAAGUUAAUUUAUAGCCAGUUUGAUCAUGUUUUUUAACAUGAACAAGGCAUGAAUUUUUUUACAUUUACAUGUAAACGUAAUUAAUGUAUUUGUUACUGUUUUAGUAACACUUACUAUUAAAGUAAUUAUUACUUCAUAUAUAGGUUGUAAUAAAGCAUUUGCGUGACCUAAUCUAAAGUGAGAACUGUAUAUGCCUAAAUAAACAUUUAUUAAUGAUCCAUUACUCUGGAAAUAACCAUCUCCACAGCAUCUCAAUCACAAAGGCUCAAAACAGACAUUAAAAAAACAAAAUAAAAAACAAAACACAGACAACACAAAGGAACAGGAAUAAUAGUGAGAGAGGAAAAUCCACAGUUUAUUAAAAGAGAUCCUCUAAUUGCUCAAAUGCCACUUUAGAAUCUUCCAUUCUAUUCAACUUUAUGAGCAGACUUGUGCUCAUUAUUGACCAUUAAAAUUACUGUUUAAUUCAGUUUCACCAGUGGACUUGCUAUAAAUAUUUCAUUAAAUUUAAUCCGAUUCCAGAAAGAAAGUCCAAAAAUCCUGCUACAGCCGUCACCACGGUCACAUGGCAGUGAUUAAAUGGCAAAAAAUAAAUAAAAACAGAAACAGGAAAGAGCAUGUAACGUUAUAUUAUUGACUUUAAUUUAUAUUUUGCCAAUUCAGUGCCUAUUAAACUUCAUUAGUGAAAAUGUCUUUACUAUGCUGCGUUUGAAGGCUGCAGUAUACGGAAUGCGCAACCUCUUAAAUGAGACACAGCCAGUUUGUGGUUACUGAAUAGGGCAUUUUAUGUAAAAUAGUAUUUUAUGUACAAAUGUCCUAUGAUUUGAAUGCUGAUCAACGAAGAAUUCCGCUUUCAGGAUUCAGGCCGGGAGGUGCCCCCUUCAGGAAGACACAUUUGUCUCUCAUAGAAAACCAUUUUUAGCCAAAUCACCACUUUGAUGACAAGUUUCAAUGAGCAAAAUUAGAUAUUCAAUACAUCAACAACUUUUAUUACUUCAAAGAAAAUGUAAAUGUUUAAGUUUGCAAGGUAUUAAAAAAUAGGACCCGAUGAAAUAUUUUUUCCAUGUUUAAAAGAUUACUUUUUUAAAUCAUAAAUAUGACUAAUCAAAUGAAUUCAUAAAGAGUUCAUCAAAUGAAAUUAUUUGAUCAAAUAAAGUGCUUCAAUAGACCUUUUCACAGACUGUGAUGAUUUAGCAGCGUAAACCUUGCAAACAUUUUUAUAUGAUAAUUUCUUAUAAAUACUGAGUGUAUAUUUCUAACAUUAUGCUUUGUAUUAUAUUACCCUGGAAUUAGUUUUAAAAAAUGAAUUACCACAGCUGCGAGGGGGUUUCUAUUACUGAGAGGGUGACCGUAAAUUUAAGUCUUAAUCCACUGCUCUCUGUUUUUUCCUCUUCUGGAAAGUCAUUCAAACGAAAUAGUAGAUUUUUUUUUCUUUUGCUCUUGGAGCAAAUGGGUAAGUAAAAAUAAUAUUUGCUGUGAUCUCCCAUUCACUCCCAUUCACCGCUGUUGAAGUUGACCCUGCAAACUCUUACAUCCGUGCUCCAAAACUGAGUGUGAAGAAGGUGGAUAACAUCUUCACAGCUGAAUCUGAAACCGUGGUUUAAUAAUCAGGCUAGGACACAUGUACAACACAUUUACAAGAUCAAAGGAAGAUUUAGUGACAACGCAGUACUGGCCCUGGGCCAGCUGGCCAUCACUUACUGUUGAACCAUGUUAAUAAAUGUUUAAUUAGGCAUAUAUAGUUCUCACUUUAGAUUAGGUCACACAAUAUGCUUAGCUAGUCAUUAGUAAGUGCUUUAUUACGACCUUUAUUAAGCAUAAAUUGAUUAAUAGUAAGUGUUCCUAAAACAUUAAUAUACACAUUAAUUAAGCAGAAAUGUGUAUCCAGUUCAUUACAUAUUUUAUAUAUUUAUUACCUAUGAAUUUAUGCUUUCUUAAUGUUCUCAUAAACACUUCUUUACCACUGAUUUGCAUCAACUAAAAUACAUCAGUUAGGUAUGAUUAACAAGUUGUUUACUAAGGAUAAAAAAUAAAAAAACAUUAUCAAACUGCCUA